AUGCUCAUACUACCAAAAUUGACUGGUUUAUUACCAUCAAUUAAUAUACAAAUUCAAGAUGAAGAUAAGCUCCAAGGCAUCAAUCUGGCAGAUCCAGCAUAUUAUCAGCAAGCAAAAGUAGACGUACUAUUGGGUGCUGAUGUAUAUGGUUCUCUGUUACAAGAUGGUGUUGUACAACAAAUUGGCAAUAAUAACCAUUUGACAGCUCAACAAACACAACUUGGUUGGAUCCUUUCAGGACGAACUAAUUCACACCAUUGUUCAACAACUCACCAACCAACUCGCCAUUGUUUCACGAUGUCAAGUGACAAUGAGUUACUUCAACUCGUAAAAUCAUUCUGGAUGCAAGAAGAAGCAUUCCACGACUCAUCAGCUGAUCUAACUCAAGAUGAUCAGAUAUGUCUUGAUCAUUUCACUCAAACUCACUCAAGAACACAAGAAGCAACAUGCAGAACUCAUGCUCAAACGACAAGAAGUUCGUUUUGCAAAGAUCCACAACUCCAUCAGCUCUACAGCUUGUUCUUAAAUAAAUACGAAAAACUUGGUCACAUGAUGCCUUCCAGGCAUGUUGUUGAUAUACGCACCAUUUGUUAUUUACCGCAUCAUGGUGUAAAGAAAGAAAGCAGCUCUACAACUAAAUUACGUGUUGUAUUUAAUGGAUCUCAACUUAUAGACAAAAAUAAAUCAUUAAAUGACCUAUUGUAUGAUGGUCCUUGCCUACUCAAUAAUCUGAGUGAUGUAAUAAGUCGGUGGAGACGGUCUAAAAUUGUCUUUUCAGCAGAUGUUGAAAAGAUGUACCGUCAAAUAUUCAUUUACGAAGGCGAUCAAGAAAAACAAAGAAUUCUGUGGCGUCCAACUCCAACUGAACAAAUUAAAAGUUACACGUUAAAGACUGUAACAUAUGGCUUAAAACCAGCUCCAUUUUUAGCAUUGGCAACUCUUCGACAGCUCGAAAAGGAUGAAGUACCACCUGAGGAUAGAGAGCAAUCAUCAACAUUGAAUAUACAAGAUGUUGAAGUAUUUAAACAGCUCGGUAUACAAUGGCAUCGUAAAGAUGAUACAUUUACAUUCAGCCCAUCAUCAGUCUCGAAUAAUACACGUCUCAAUGCAACAGAGCGAAAAGUGUUGUCAAAAGUUGCACAACUGUUUGAACCAUUAGGUUAG